AUGGUGACAGCCAUCGUGUUGCACAGUGUCUUCUUCCUCUCAGGUGCUUCUGCUGAUUGUGAAUGGGAUUCAGAUCUAUUCAUGACUGCACCAAAAGAGAUGGAAGCACUGACUGGAUCUUGUUUGCAAAUUCCAUGUAACUUCAGUGUUAAACAAGAAAAGGAAUUCAACAGCACAACAACAACAUUUGGAGUGUGGAUUAAAAACUACCCUCAAAUUGGCCAAAAAACAAGUGAGGUGAUUUUCAACAGUAGUGGGACAGUUUCCACAUAUCCGAUUAGUUUUACUGGAGACUUGAGUCAGAAAAACUGCACCACCCUAUUUUCCAGUUUAAAAACAACAUACACAGGAAAAUACUACUUCAGGGUUGAGAACUGGCCAUUUCAAGCAACAGAUGUUUGUGAUUAUCUUCAGAUAACAGUUAAAGAUUCUCCUCCAAAGCCCAGGAUUGAGAUCUCAGGUGAUGUGAAGGAGAAGGAGUCUGUCUCUAUAAGCUGCUCAGCUUCCACUCCCUGUCCACACUCUCCUCCUCAACUCACCUGGAACCUCCAACCAGACUCUCACCACAUGAUGGAGGAAAACACAGAUGGAACCUUCACAACUAGAAUCCAGAAGAGCAUCACUCUGUCACAUGAACAUGAUGGAUUCAUCAUCACCUGUUCUGCCAGAUAUCCUGUGAAUGAAGGAAAAGAUGUAAAGACGUCAGAGGAGAGAAAGACUCUCAGUGUUUCAUAUGCUCCCAAGAACACCUCGGUGUCCAUCAGUCCAUCAGGUUGGGUGUCAGCAGGAAGCCGGGUGAACCUGACCUGCUCCAGCAGAGCCAAACCUCCUGUGAGCCGCUUCACCUGGUUCAAGACCAGCAGAGAUGCACCAAUCAAAGUAUCUGAAGGAGACUUUUACAGCUUCAAUGUCACUGAUGGAGGGGUUUAUUACUGUGUGGCCACCAAUCAGCUUGGUAAUCAAACAUCAUCAGAGAUACAUCUCACUAUAGGAGGUGGAGUUGAUUAUCUACUAUUGGGUGCAGUUCUUGGAAUCAUUGGGAUCAUCGUGCUCAUUGGCCUGAUUGUCUUUGUUUGGCGUUUGAAGUCACCACAUGUUCAGAACUAUACUGUUGGAGAGACAGUGACAACAGAAGGAGGAGGCGUCCACUAUGGAGAGAUUAACUUCCCGAGGCUUCUUUUUUAUUCAAAAUAAUAAUAAAACUAAAUAUAUAUAUAUAUAUAUAUUUGCACCAACUCACUUCACACCUCAUAACAGAGCGUUGAAAAGACGUCUACGUAUAUACACCACAUUUCAACUUGAUUUUUAAAACCGUAACGUUUCGUCUUCUCCUUUGUGCAAUAUCAUUUUAUAGGAGUCUUUUUAACCAAAAAAUGCUCGCUGUGGUGGUUCAGAAAUGGGCAUCAUGCAGGAAGAAACACGGGUGAAUGGGACUUCAUAUAUCGCCCUCAUCACGUUUUCAAUUGUUCACUCCUCACUGCAGUUUCGCCCACCAGCAGACAGACAGCGUGCGACUACUACCAGUGGCAACUCUGGACCAGCCGUAUGGCUACCGAUAGUUAGCUGUACAUGGUUGCUCAUUUUUCCUUUUGGGUAUUAGCAGCGGGCUGAUAUUUCUUUGACUGCUUUCUUGUGUAUUCACACAAACAUACUGCCACCCACACAUAACUACAGUCACUGGUACCGGUGCACGAUGGGACCCAAAAGCACGACUCAGACCAAGAUGGGAGGAACUAGUAGAUUUAAUCAAUGGGGCAGACAAGGUCAAAACCGGGAGAUCCGUCAGAGGGAAAACAAAUCCGAGAGGGGCAGGCAGGGAAUCCGUAGAUGGGAACAGGCAGGGGUCAGAACGAGGGUGGCAAUCAGGGAGGCAAACAAAUCCAAAAAGGAGCAGGCAGAGAAUCUGGGGUCGAAAGGCAGGCAGGGUGAAAACAGAGGUAAAUCGGGGUAACUGGGAAAACGCUGGAAAACACAGCAAAACACACAAGACAAUCUGGCAGGGAACAACAGAAUGUGACGGGCUUAAAUAGAGAGUGGCUGA